AUGCUCAUGAUGCCCCACGCUGCAUCUCGGACCGCCUCACAUACCACCAGUACCCUUCCUGAAAUUGCUGCCCCUGCGGCCACCACCACACUCAACUCAACUCGGCCAGAUCUUGCUAAGACUCAGACACCAGCCAACUCGACUGACAAGCAGCUUCCCAACUCCUUCGCCGGCCAAUCCCACCAAUGCUCCUCUCCUUAA